UGUUGAGAUUGUUGACGGGGAAGCGUCUGGUUUUUGUUGGCGAUUCUCUCAACAGGAACAUGUGGGAGUCUUUGCUAUGUGUUCUUAGAAACUCAGUGGAUGAUAAGAACAAAGUCUAUGAAGUUUCUGGUAGGCAAGAAUUUCGCACAGAGGGCUCUUACUCCUUUGUUUUCGAGGAGUACAACUGUUCCGUGGAGUUCUUUCAAUCACGGUUUCUAGUUCAAGAAUGGGAGAUGCUGGAACCAAGUGGAUCAAAGAAGGAAACGCUUCGCAUUGAUUUGAUUGAGAGAUCCUCUGACAACUACAAAAAUGCAGAUGUUCUCAUCUUCAACACAGGUCACUGGUAGACUCAUGA